AGAAAAAAGGGCUAAAAAUUUUAAUUAAAUAAAAAACAUAAAAAAAGAGAAGUAGUUGAUAAACCAGACGAGGUAAUCAUUUGAGAAACCAAGGCUGUCGAGUCUGACAAUAAGAAUGUGGUGAUUGACAGAGUCGAAAGCCUUGGCCAGGUCGAUGAAUACGGCUGCACAGUAAUGUCUCUUAUCAAUGGCAGUUAUGAUGUUGUUUAGGACCUUGAGCUCUGAAACCAGAUUGCAUAGCGGAGAAGGUACGGUUGAACAGGCAAGUAAUAGGGGUUGAAACAAUUUUGGCAGAUGUGAGCCACUGCAUUGUACUGCACACUUCCUCCCAUAAAUGUAGCCAUAUAUAUUGACUAAAAAGAGACAUGCUUUAUUCAGAUCGUAAAACUAGUUUUUUUGUCAAUAGAUAUGGCUACACUACAGGCAGACUACAAUAGAUCCUGGAAAAUAGACACUGGAAUUUGCCUGGAAGGUGCUAAUUCUACCAAAUGUUGUAGGGCUGUUGCGUUCUCAUAUUUACGGUAAUAGAUACCUACGUCACGAGUUGAACGGAAGUAGGAUUGCAAUUGCGCACGCAUAUCUCACUUGAAACGUUGCCAUUUAUCAUAAUCUACGGAUUGUUUAUUGCACGUUUUACUUCACACAGAGAAUACAAAUCUGUAAUUUGGGCUGGACGAGAUGGCAAACUGCAAUUUUCAGGCGCAGUUGGUAUCCAUUAUGGAGAUAUUAGCUAAAGCAGCUGUAGCCGAAAUAAACAAACGGGUUGAUGAUAGCUGUGCAGUUAUACGUUUGGAAGUGACCCAAAGCCAGCGAGAUAUUGAUGGACUGAAAAGGAAGUGUCAAAUGAUGGAGGGCGAGUUGAAGAAGACGCGAGGACGAGUCAGGAGAAAAGCUUUUUACCCAAUGGCAUCUGAGAAAUCUUCAUAUCCAGUCAAGAUUGUUUUGAACAAGCAGAGGAAUAGCUCACAGUGGAGAGACGAAGAGAUGGCUGUUGGAGAGGACUCUCAACCCCAGCCUACAGAUGUGGAACAGAGAGCAGAGACUGAACCAAUACUGAUCAAAGAUGAGGAGACAGCAGAGGAUGUGUGGAAGACUGACACUCAGGAAGAGCUCGGGAUCACUGAAGAGGAUUCUGGUUCCAAGUCUGGGAAACCACCAUCCUUUGUGCAACGGCAAUUUGAUGAGGACUUCAUCACACAACCCAACAUAUCUCCUGAAGACUCAGUGGAACAUUACCACAAUUCUGAUGGUCCAGAGGAACCAGGCACACCACGGUGUACGUCUGUAGAGAAAUCAAAGGUGUUCAGCACAAAGCAGCACCGGCCAGCCGAGGAUGAGGACUCGCAAGAGCUAGUGAUGGUGAAGGAUGAGAAAGAGGAGGAGCUGGAUCAGACCACGGCCCUGGCAGGACCUGACCAGUUUGUCAUGGAUGAGACUGAUGGGCAGCUGUGGACCUCUGUGGAUCCAGGCAGACACACUGAUGGCCACCCAGAUUUCUCCUUUCAUUCCACAGAGGAGUACUCUCAGAAUAUAUCAAUUUUUCCAUCUCAAAGUGGGCUGCCAUCCCUUCCUACUAUGACAGAUGGUGUAGGGCCAUCGGUUCACUCUUCAAGAGGGAAACCACAUGCUGACAUGUUCAGUGCAGCAGCACACAUGAAAAGACAUGUCAGGACAUUGGCUGAUGAGACUAGACAACAGAUGCCAGAAGGACAAAGCAGCGAGAUGCUGAACUCAAAUAAUGAAGGAAAUAGUUUAGCUCUACAGCCAAGGCAGCAUCAGCACAGGGCUUCAGAAGCAACAGUGAGAAUGAGUGAGUGCAUGACAGGGUCAAACAUGGCCACCACCUCCACCUUCUCUGGAUACAGCCUGAGUCGCAGUAGUUUUAACAUGGUGAAGAGAAUGAGGACUCAGUGGAGGUCGGGCGGCACCACUGAGAGGCGUUUCAGCUGCACCUUCUGUGGGAAGAGCUUCCAGCGUUUCAGCCAGCUCAAAGUACACCUCCGGAGUCACACCGGAGAGAAACCGUACACCUGCGAACAGUGUGGCAGGAGUUUCACCAAGCAGUGCAACCUGAUCAGACAUGCUGUGGUCCACAGCGGGGAGAAGCCCUACGAGUGCACACAGUGUGGGAAAUGCUUCACCCAGCGCUCCAGUAUGAAGUCACAUCAGAGAACUCACAUAGGAGAGAGUCCAGUGUCUCAACAUGUGGUACCUGCAUACCCUGGGGAUCAACACACAGGUUUAAUGUUGUCUCAGACGAAAUGGAGCAAAUAAAACAUAAUUGUAUAGUUUUUUUGGUAACAUUUUCUAUGUGAUAAUGUGGGAAGAAGUUAGAGACAUUUCUACACGCUUUUCCUCCAAACUGAUUUGUGAACUGGUUUUCAUGUUUGACUGUUCGUCACAUUGAUUGGAACAAACAAUUGAUUUACUACUGGUAACAUCAAUCAUAAAAAAACAUUCCAUAGAACAUGCUUAUGAUACAUUUGAAUGUAUUUAAAGACUGUCAAUCUGCGCUUUUAGAUAAAGAACAUACUGUAUAUAGGAGCCAUUUUCGUAUGUGUUGACUUGUUACUGUUUGUCUAUCCGGGAUGUAAUUUCUUGCCACAUGGGGCAGUCUCAUCAAGUCAGGUUAAUACCUUAACUUGAUUUCUUAAUUUAUAGUUUGAAGUUACUCUGCUACCUUAAAAUCUUACAUUAUAUCAACUCAGCUAGGCAAUCAAAUAUGUUUCAGUGUAAUAGCUUACGUCUUGCAUGUACAGUACCAGUCAAUAUUUUGGACACCUGCUCAUUUCAAGGGUUUAUAUUUACUUUUACUACAUUGUAGAAUAAUAGUCAUCAAAACUAUGAAGUGACUCAUAUGAAAUCAUGUAGUAACCAAAAAAAAGUCUUGAAUCCAAAUAUAUUUAGCCUUGAUGACAGCUUUGCACAU